GCUGCCAGGAAGUGGGGCAGCAACCACACCAGCUACAGUCCCAUCAGACUACUGUCCUAUGCGCAGUCUGUGGCAGAGCUUUUCUCUUUUUCUCUCUACCUCUCUUCUUUCUGUUAUCUCUUUUCAUUUUCUGUUCUUGGAGUGAAAACCAGACUGAUUCUUUGGGACUGAUUUGGGAUCCGGAGACACCCCUAGUGGUCCAUCUCUGUCUGGGACCACAGUGCCCUGUAUUGCGACUUACAAGUGUUACUAGCUGCGGAUUCUGCCAUAACCACUGUCCACCCAUGCUGCGUGUGUUUAUUCUGUGCGCCCAGAAUGUGCUGACGCAUGAUGAGGACAUUAGCGAUGCCUACUGCACUGUCACUUAUGAAGGGACAAAAAAGAAGACCAAAGUCAUCAAAAAUAAUGUCAAUCCUGUCUGGAAUGAGGGUUUUGAGUGGGACUUGAAGGGUGUUCCUUUAGAUUCUGGAGCAGAGCUUCAUGUUGUGGUCAAGGACCAUGAAAAAAUGGGCAGAAAUAGGUUUCUGGGGGAGUGUCGGGUCGCUCUUCGAGAUGUGCUCAACUCUCCCAACCUGGCUGCUACUUUCACUGUGUCCCUGGUAGACACCAAAAGAAACAGCACAGGGGCCACAGUAACCCUGCAGGUUUCUUACAUCCCUCCUCCAGGCAUGGCUCCCAUCUUCCAGCCUCCUCCACAGCCAGAAGCCCAGCACACGCCAGUGGAGCUGGACACAGUUACAGUUUUCUCAUUGGACACUAUGGGCGAGGAGGACACUGAGAGCAUGCUGAUGAUGGAGGUGGUGGAGGAGCCCGAACCUGUGCCAGGGCCCCUGGGUCAGGACACCGGGGCUCCUACAGCACCACCCAAAAAGGCCCCACCGAACUUUAACCAUGGCCUUAAGAAAAAGAAACGCCACAGCAACAAAAAUCCCCUGUCUGACAAACCCCAGGACCUCCAGGUACGGCUGCGCAUCAUUGAGGGAAGGCAGCUCCCUGGUGUCAACAUUAAACCAGUUGUCAAGGUCACAGUUGGAGGACAGACAAAGAGAACGUGCAUCAAGAAGGGCAAUAAUCCAUUUUUUGAUGAGACUUUCUUUCUAAACUUCUAUGAGAAACCUUCAGAUCUUUUUGAUGAGCCUAUAUUUUUAACCGUAUUUGACUCCAAGUCUCUACGGAAAGACUCUGUCAUUGGAGAAUUCAAGCUGGAUGUUGGCAUGGUGUAUAGUGAACACCGACAUGCUAUUCUCAGGAAAUGGUUGUUGCUGGCAGACCCUGAUGAUCUUUCUGCUGGGGCCAGAGGUUAUUUAAAGGUCAGCAUGUUUGUGCUGGCUGCAGGUGAUGAACCUCCGAUGGAUAAGAAAGAGGGUCUAGAAGAAAAGGAGGAUAUAGAGGGGAACCUGUUGAGACCAGCUGGUCUCACCUUGACAGGAGCCACGUUUACUCUCAGAGUGUACAGGGCAGAAGACCUGCCUCAGAUGGAUGAUGCUCUUAUGGAUGGUGUCAAACAGUUCCUUGGUUUCGAAACUAAUCGAAAGAACCUGGUGGAUCCAUUCGUGGAGGUCAACUUUGCAGGAAAAACGAUCAGUAGUAAGAUUCUGGAGAAAAAUGCCAACCCUCAGUGGAACCAGAUCCUCACUCUGCCUAUUAGGUUCCCAUCCAUGUGUGAAAAGAUGAGGAUACGCAUUUUAGAUUGGGAUCGAGCCAGCCACAAUGAUGUCAUUGGCACUACACACUUAUGUAUUUCCAAAAUCUCAGCCCCUGGAGGAGAAAUUGAAGAUGAGUUUCCUCCCAGGACCUUCCACGUCACCAUGGACGACAAUAUAGGCUUUCUUCCGACAUUUGGCCCCUGCUACGUCAACAUGUAUGGGAGCCCCCGAGAAUUCACGGCCUUCUCAGACCCACAUGAGGUACUAAACUUUGGAAAGGGAGAGGGUGUGGCCUAUCGUGGACGUUUGCUGCUGGAGGUCAUUACAAAGCUGUCUGAUCAGGUGGAGCAAAAGACUGACGACAUACACCCUGAUGAUCUGCUGGUGGUAGAGAAAUUCAUGCGGAAGAGGAAGUUCUCCCUGCCCCAGAACAGUCUGCCAGAUAUAAUAAUCUGGAUGCUUCAGGGAGACAGACGAGUGGCCUACCACAGAAUCCCUGCCCAUCAAGUUCUCUUUUCCCACGGUUACUGUGGAAAGCACUGUGGUCAACUUCAGACGGUUUUCAUGAAGUAUCCUCAAGAAGACGGGGGAUAUAGUAAGAUCCCAGCUCAGCUCAGGGUCAAGGUGUGGUUCGGACUGACUGCUGAUGUCAAAUCCUUUAACCAGUUUGCCGAGGGCAAACUCUCUGUGUUUGCAGAAACGUAUGAAAACCAGACUAAAUUGGCUCUGGUGGGGAACUGGGGUACGACGGGUUUGACAUACCCCAAGUUCAGUGACGUGACUGGCAGAAUCAAACUCCCAAAGGAGAGCUUCAAACCCACUCCAGGAUGGAGCUGGGCGGGAGACUGGUACGUCAGCCCAGAGAAAACAUUGCUGUAUGACACUGAUGCUGGUCAUAUAAGCUUUUUGGAAGAGGUGUUUGAAAAUCAGAUGCGUUUGCCAGGAGGACAGUGGAUUGGCAUGCCAGAGGGGUUCACAGAUGUGAAUGGAGAAAAAGCCGUGCCUAAAGAGGAGAUUGAGUGUCCCCCCGGCUGGGUGUGGGAGGAUAUUGAGUGGAGCGAGGACCUGAAGCGUGCAGUGGAUGAUCAAGGGUGGGAAUAUGGAAUAACCCUCCCCCCAGACCGCCGGCCAAAGUCCUGGGUUCCAUCCGAGAAGAUGUACCACACCAACCGCCGGAGACAUUGGAUCCGACUCCGCCGUAGAGAUAUGCAGAAAAUGGAGGCACUCAGAAAACAGCGUCCGGACGAGUCGGAGCGUGAGGGCUGGGAAUAUUCCUCUUUAUUCGGCUGGAAGUUUCACCUUAAGCAGAGGAAAACUGACUCCUUCCGUCGCCGGCGCUGGAGAUGCCGUAUGGAGCCGUUAGAAAAGAUGGGGCCGGCGGCCAUCUUUUCCUUGGAGUGUUCGCUGAGCAGUGUUACUGAUGAAAAGAAUGACGAUAAGUCAGUUACAACAACCUUUGGUGUCAACCGCCCGACAAUCUCCUGCUUCUUCGAUAAUGGGACCCUGUAUCAUUUGCGAUGUUAUUUGUAUCAGGCCAGAGACCUGCUGGCAAUGGAUAAGGACAGUUUCUCAGAUCCCUAUGCCAUCGUGUCCUUCCUGCAUCAGAGCCAGAAGACGGUGACUGUUCGGAACACGCUCAAUCCCACCUGGGACCAGACUCUCAUCUUUUAUGAAGUUGAAAUAUUUGGAGACCAUCUUGUGACUGAGAGGAACCCUCCGCACAUUGUGGUGGAACUAUACGAUCAGGACACCUAUGGCGCUGAUGAGUUUAUGGGCCGUUGUGUUUGCCAACCAUCAGUGGUGUCUUCCCCUCGCCUUGCCUGGUAUCCCAUCCAGAAAGCUGGGAAGCCUGCUGGACAACUGCUUGCUGCUUUCGAACUGAUCCGCAGAGAUAAACCUGCAGUUCAUCACAUCCCCGGUCAAGAGGGUGAUAUUAUUCCACCCUCACAUAUCAUGGAUGAGCUUGUGCUUCCAGGGUUCCUCUCUGACAAUCAACAGCAAUGGCCAGAGGACUCUGAUUUGCCAUAUCCACCUCCACAAAGGGAACCUAAUGUCUACAUGGUGCCGCAGGGGAUAAAACCUGUCCUACAACGCACAGCUAUUGAGAUACUGGCGUGGGGUUUGCGUAACCUGAAGAGUUUCCAGCUGGCCAGUGUGACAUCUCCCAGUCUUCAGGUGGAAUGUGGAGGAAGUGUGGUUCAGUCGUGCGUCAUUCGAAAUACUAAGAAGAACCCCAACUUUGAAGUCAACACCCUGUUCAUUGAUGUCCGACUGCCCAAGGAAGAGCUCUACAUGCCUCCAUUGGUGAUCAAGGUUAUAGACAACCGUCAGUUUGGCAGGAAGCCUGUAGUGGGCCAGUGCACAGUCCACUCGCUGAAUGAGUUCUGCUGGCAGCCAGAGAGCCUCGACAGAGACCCUACUGAAGAAGAAUUUGAGGCAAUUGCUCACACCCCUAGAGAUGACGUUCUGGUUGAUAUUGAUGAUAAGGAGCCUCUCAUUCCUGGACAG